AUGGCAUUUCUUAAACACAAAGUGGAUGCUGAGGGAAUCGAAGAUGGAACUAUUUUAAGAAGAAGCAAUGUCGACAUGAGGGAUUCAGAAACAGAGCAUCGAGAUGUAGAGGGAUGGAAGUCGUUCGCAGAGGACACAACUCUACACGGUGCCAGGUUUUUCUUCGCAGAUAACUUUUUCAGAAGACUGCUUUGGAUUGCUGCAGUUUUAGGGUGCGCAAUUUUCUGCAACUACCAAGUUUACACUUUUGUAAGACACUUUUAUGAGAGACCUUUUAAUACAAAAAUAACGUUCGACAGAGAUAACGACGAAAACGCAUUUCCUUUCCCAGCUGUAACUCUAUGUAAUCUUAAUGCACUCAACAAAAGAAAACUCAUAAAGUCACUCACGAAUGUUUACGGCCAAGCGACUGUCGAUAAAAAGCUUCAGGAUAUGUAUCUAAUUAUAAGAAGAUCGAAAGCGGCGUUUACCAAAGAAUUCAAGAAGCGCAAUCCAGAGUUUUUCCAUCGUUCUCAAACUGUCAACGAAACCCAAACGAACUUUUGGAUAGCUGGUGAUGAUAUGGAAGAUAUGCUUUUACCAACCAGCCCAGAAUUCAGUUCUUGCUCAAUCAAUGGCAAACAGUGCAACGCUCAUAACUUCACUAGCUCACUGAGCGCCUUUCAUGGUUUGAAAUGUCAUACCUUCAACUCAGCCGAGGGUGGUAAUCCAUUGUUGAACACUACCGUUGCUGGUCUUCCAAGUGGCUUGAGGCUUCGACUUAACAUCGAGCGAGACGAAUAUAUUCCAAUUCCAUGGAGGCCUUCGGUUGGAAUUUUGCUUCUCAUACAUGAGCAGAAGACGUUUUUACCUGUGGAAGAGUUUGGCAUUAUUAUUCAACCGGGAAUGUCUAGUCUAUGCGCCAUAAAAAGAAGAAAGGUAAAGAGGAAAAUCAGGGGCUAGUCAGUUAGUAAGUCAGACAGUCCGUCAGUUAGCUGAAUACCAGUCAUUGGAGACUCAGUCCUUCAUUCAGCCUAAAGGCUGGCCAAUCCGCCUGCCAAUUACAUUAGUCAGUCAGUUACAUAGUUAAUUGGUCUGGCUGUCAGUUAGUAUGUAACCCAGCCGCUCAGUCCGUCAACUAGCCUGCAUCCAGCCAGUCAGCCAGUUGGUCACGGUCAAUCUGUCACUCAGCCUCCCACCAGGUUAGAAGAACAGCAAAUUCCCUUUCUCCCAAACCUUUACUUUUUCAAUGGAUGUGGGCAAGCUGUCAAAUAUAGAACAUAUCAUGAUUUUUGCAGAUAAUUAACUUGGAGAAGCCGUAUGCAACAAACUGCAGGAAAGGAUCUCUUAGGUUUGACAGGGACUUUGCCUACACAAAACCUGCCUGUAUGGUAAAUUGUCGCAACGACUAUAUUAUCAAAGCUUGCGGUUGCACUGUAAUAAAAUUUCAAGGUAAGUCCCACUAUGUCUUUGAUAAUAAGGCAGAAGUUUUUAUUCAGAGUUUGUUAUUUGCACCAAAGCAACGUAGCAGGCGUUCAAUUUUAGUAAGUCCACAUUUUAACUCGUGAAUUGCGCGCAUGCGCAAGAGCGAGUUGUAGAUACGAUGUGGGUAAUGGCACUCGCCCUCUCGAUUGGUCGAUUCCUGUAAACUUUUUUUUCGAUUUUAGGCUUUUGAAUGCAUUUGAUAGUUUUUGGCGAGCAAUAAAUAAACGAAAUGGCGACGUUUGUUGCUAACAAUAGUGGUGGGGUGAAAAAGAAGCCAAUGAUCAUCUUAAAAGAGUUUUUUUUUCGUUUUAGUUUCAACAAGCGGCGCCAGCGACUGGCAGGCAUGCAAGGAUUCUCAUUGAAAUAACAGAACAACCAUCAUUUUUCAUAAAAUUGUAAUUUACAAUCCUUGAACUUGAAAACAAUCCGAAGACUCAUUGAAAAUAUCACUUACUGCGGAGCGCUCGGAGUUUGCAGAUGUUUAAAAGCUUUUUCUGUUAUGGCGUGUGAUUGAGGACAAAAUCGAUCAUUACGUUUCGUAUCGUGUGUUUUUCCUGUGUGAAGCAACAAAAGAUGCCGGCGACUGACGAAAUUACAAGUUAUCACGAAAAUCAAAUAACACCUAAACAAACAAUUUUAGCUACCGAUUUUCAGUGAAUUUUUAAAGAACAAUUUUCUUUUAAGUUUCAAGACAAUUUGAAGAUUCAAAAUACAUAUUGCGUACUAAAAUGCGAAAGUUAUACACCACAAAAUUGAUAAAUGGGCCUGAAAUGAAAUUCUAUCUUGUUAUUGAUUAUGCGUUGCCUAGCACGUGACUAAAAUCUACCCAGGCGGAGAUCCAAAAUGACGGUGGCAGUCUUGGCUUAGUUAUAUCACUCAAAACUCGUUCCUGUUUGUCUCAUUUGCUUAAGAGGGAAUCGUUAAUGUUUUCAUCAAGACAGUAUUGCCUUGAGUUUCUAAUAUUUACAAUGAUAGACAGUAAAUUUCACUUUUCACCCACAAUUACUUCCAACCUUUUCUUUUGAACCAGAAACAAAAAUGAUAUACGUUUAAAACACAUGACAUCAUCCACCCUUGUCAAAUUUAUCCCAACGUUACUUUGUUUCGUACUCUAGAUAUGAAAAUUAACCACAAAAUUCCCUAAACCAGAUAACAUUAAACAUAAUCCAAAAAAUCAUGUGUCAAUUCACGAGUUUGCUCACAGAGCACUUUGAUUACAUCUUUAAACGUGAGACUUGAGAAGCCCUCGUUUUAGUAAGCUGCGCGCCUGCCCACCAUUUUAAUUUUUAAAGAAGUUGAAUAACUGAAAUUUCAACGGCUCUUGUGCAGUCAAUCCUAUACUUGACGAUGGAUUCGGCUUAAGUUGCUUAAAUAUCAUUCGUAAAACCCAAAAGAUCUCAUGAAACGAUAGCAUAAUAGGCAUAAUGGACAAUUAUUUUCUCUUGUUUUUAACAGCCAAUCGACCAAUCCCAAUUUGUGCAGUGAAUGACUCAAUUCUGUGCGUUUUCCCAUCGUAUGGUAUGUCAAAUUUAAUAUGCUCAAAGCAGCCUAAAACUAGACAAUGUGGUUGUUAUUAAAAAAGAAAAGAUUACAUCCAGUUAUUUUGAGGAUCACAUUUGUUGCUAUUUUUGAAACCAAUCCUAACCAAUGUUAUUGGGAAUUUGAAUUUACUUCUCGUUGAUAGGCUUAAGUUGCAUCAAUAUGGAAGUAAAAAUCUGAAACCCGGGCAAUUAGUCCUCAGUGGUUGAUACCAAUUGGUCAUGUUUUAGCAGAAGUCGAUGAGCUCAUUGGAUGUUUAUAAAAAUUGAUUUAUUCUUACAGCUUUCUUACAGUCUUCUUAAAUCUCUGGAUUAAAACUUUUUCCUAUGCUAUCAACGAUGUCGGCUCAUUCUUUGCUGUGAGUGUAAGAAACGAAGUCCAGUUUGAUGGGAAAAUUUCUCUGCCUUGAAGCGUACACUGAAAUACCAUCGAAAAUAAAAGCAUCAAACCAAAUUAAAGAACUCUAAGCCGAGGAAAAAUUAAUAACAGAAGCAUAAUGAUUUAUUCCCGUCGCAGAAAACUUUGGUACUUCCAGUGAGAAGUCUGCCUGCGAAAGGAAGUGUGGUGAGCCAUGCGAAUAUGUGGAGUACAAGACAUCUCUUUCCUACAGUGGACUUCAGAGGGACGCUUUCAUUGAGCAACUCAUGUUCUCUCUUAACAACACUGAGAAAUCUGGUAUGGAACUCGAGAUGUACAAACCCUUUUUGAACAUGACCGAAGAACAAAGGGAGAAGUUUGUAGAGUAAGUAAAUGACGGUAAUAAUGUUUUCCGUGGUAGCAGAAUAUGUUACCCAUGAAAUCAAAAUGAAAACUGUUACUUAAUGAUCAUUUGGUUUUUUCCCCGCAGCGAAAACAUCAUCUCUCUGGAUAUAUAUUUUGAAGACCUGAGUGUUGAGAUCGUUGAGCAAAAACCUGUUUUUGAAACUUGGGCUUUGAUUGGUUAGUAGUGAAGUUAUUUGAAGUUUUCACAAUUAUCUCUCGGUGUGUUGUGCCUUUGUAAGCGCAUGUUGAUAAAUGGUCGGUAAGAAUUCCGAUAACCCAUAUUUAGUGACCUAGUUGUGAACAUCACGACGAUUUUUUCAUGAUUUGAUAUUCCCAAUGUCUUAAAAUGUAGGGAAUCUCUGCACCCGCUCUCUGUGAAGACAAAAAGUUAUAACUUUGAAUUUGAUGAAACAGUGUAGUAUGCAUGUAUGUCCACUAAUGUUAGAACUACAUUAACGAAAGAUCUUUCAUGUCUUUAUACCCCAACGUUUUCUUGCUGGAAAAGCGUUCAUGUGCCAUCACAAUUCUUGUAAAUUAUGUUCAGUAAAGAAAAAAAUACUUUACUACAACAGCCAUUAAAUUUAGUUAACAUUAUUUCAUGACUCAGACACCACUUUAGCAUUAAGCUGUCUACUGUUGCUCCACUAGGAAACCUGGGUGGUACUUUUGGUCUUUUCCUUGGAAUGAGUUUCCUAACUCUCCUGGAAUCCUUCGAUUUUGUCUUCAGGAGAAUUUUGCACUUGUUCAAAGCAACGAAAAACAAGAAAAGCUUAGCAUCUGACAGAUAA